AUGCACCGUAAACAAGAAUGCCUUUCUGGUCCUCCCAGGAGUGACAGAGGAAGAACUCAUAGCAACAACGCACAGCCAGCUCUGAAGAAAACUGUCCAAGUAAAAGGAAAGGAGAUUGAAAGAUGGCAGAAAGUCACACUUGCUAAUGUAACAAAGCUGAACAUGCCAAUACCUCCUGGGCAGUCCUGUGAAGGCUCUGAAUGUCCAGAGUACCACACUUCCAAAAAAAAGAACUUUUUGAAACAGCUGAGGACAACAGUGAUGAAAAUAUUUCCCUUCUAUCAGAAUGUGAGCAGGAAACCUAAGCAGCAAGCUUGCCAGCCCACCAAGUUGUCUAAGUCUAGAAUGUCUGCUGUUCCCAGAAAACACCGUCUCCUUCCAAGGACCAUUACAGAAUUAUUUCCUCCCAAAGUGUUUCCAAAAUUGAAAAGAAGAAAACCAACUCCAAAUGGAGCAAUUCAGUUGGAUGUGAAUAUUGUGGAAGAACAUGCACAAAGCAUAAGCAGGACAAACACAGUUGUGCAGACAAGGCGGAUGACAAGACGCAUAUCAGUGGUGUCACUUCCACCAGGGAUCCGAAAGAUUUCAGAUCUUCCUAAAAAGAAGACUUUCUCAGUUUUCAAAAAGAAGAAAAAAAGUAUGCCACCCGUGUGGUACCAUUCAGACAUAACAGUAGGAAAUCUUCAAAUGCAGAUCGAAUAA